AUGUGUCGCCAAUAUUUCACCUUGUAUGAAUGGUGUCAUUGCGAAGAAGAUGCUGGUCAAAGUGUUUGCGCCGGUCAACGCCGCAACAGUUGUCCGGGAGUGAGCUUUGAAACAGUGCAUAUGCAUUGCUUUUGCAACACCCACGCUACUCGAGGAUUCAAGUCCGAGAAGAAGACCGUUAAGGAAGCAGAGAAGAAACGUCGCCGAUCCCAGGAUUCUCUCGAUGAGAAGUCUUCUUUCGGCCGUCGCUGGUAUCAGUGGUAUCAAUGGCGCGGUCUGUGGUCUCGGUAA